UAUCCAUUGGGUUUGAUGGCGGAGCAGAGUCACCGGCGCCGGUCGUUCUCCUCCUGGCUGAUCAGCUGCUUGGGCGGCGGCGGCGGAGGAGGAGGAGGAGGAGGAGGAGGGGAGUACAACGAGAGCAGUUCGGAUUCGGGUCAGAGGGUGUCGUGGGAUUUGGACCCGCUGUCGCUGGAGGACUUAUCGCUGACGCUGGCGGGGUCGAACCUGGUGGCGUUCACCAUAGCGGAGCUGAAGACGGCGACGAGGAACUUCACCAUGACCAACCUGCUCGGAUCCGGCGGGUUCGGGCACGUCUACAAGGGGUUCGUCGACGAGCGGAUCCGGCCGGGGAUCCGGCCGCAGCAGGUCGCCGUCAAGUCGCUGGACCUCGACGGGCAGCAGGGACACCGGGAGUGGCUGGCUGAGGUCGUGUACUUGGGUCAGCUGAGGCAUCCACAUCUUGUUAAAUUGAUCGGAUAUUGUUGCGAGGAUGAGCACCGGAUGCUGGUCUACGAGUACAUGCCGAGAGGGAGCUUGGAGAAUCAAUUGUUCAAGAGAUUGCUUGCCUCGUUGCCAUGGUCGACCAGGCUGAAGAUCGCCGUCGGAGCUGCCAAGGGACUGGCGUUUCUCCACGAGGCCGAGAAGCCGGUCAUUUAUCGCGAUUUCAAAGCUUCGAAUAUCUUGCUCGACGAGGAUUACACGGUGAAGCUCUCUGAUUUCGGGCUGGCGAAGGACGGGCCGCAAGGCGACCGGACCCACGUCAGCACGCGCGUCAUGGGCACGCAUGGAUACGCAGCGCCGGAGUACAUUUUGACCGGGCAUUUGACUGCGAAGAGCGACGUGUAUAGCUUCGGAGUGGUGUUGCUGGAGCUGCUGGCGGGGCGGCGGUGCGUCGACAAGAACAGGCCGAACCGGCAGAAGAACCUGGUCGACUGGGCGCGGCCGUACCUGAACAGCGCGGAGAAGCUGAGGCGGGUCAUGGACCCGGGCCUCGACGGGCUCUACUCCGUCAAAGGCGCGCAGAAGGCGGCGGCGCUGGCUUACAAGUGCUUGAGCCCGACGCCGAAGUCGAGGCCGAGCAUGAAAAGCGUGGUGGAGGCGCUGGAGCCGCUGGUGAGCUUGAACGACGUGCCGUUUGACUCCUUCAUCUACGUGGCGCCCAAGGAGGAAGACAAGGCCAAGGAGAAGGCGCAGCUGGAGGUGGUCGAAGAAAAGAAUCUGCACAACAACCGCGAUCAGAGGCACAAACAGAGGUUCCCCAAUUCCGUGAUCCACUCCGAGGUCACUCUCCAUAAGGACGGCAAGAACUUGUUUAGGAACUCUCAUUUUCGAAGGUCCAAGGGCCACAGCCAAGAGCGCGGGGCGUGAGCUCAGGCAGGCAGACAGGCAUGCACAUACAUAAAUACGACAUACGAUAGGUUGACUAUGAGUUUACAGUGCUGUUACGUUCGUUGAUGUUUUUGUUUCUUGCUAGUUUCGAUCUGCUGUGAAGUGGAUUUUUAAGGUGUUUUGAAGUAGUAAAACAAAAAAAAAAAGAAAAAAAGGAGAAGAACGUACGAUCGAGAGAGGCCAUCAGCUUGCAAGAGUUGUUGAUGGUUGCUUCUUUGAUUUGAUUUUUCAUGUUUGUUGUCGCCUCUUUCAUUCCUUGUACAAAUCUAAGUUGAAGUAGCACAAAAGUGUGCUGUUGAUCUGUUCGAAUA